AUUGCAUUAAAAAUUUGAAGCUAAGAUUCGAAUUCUGAAAGUAGAAGAAGAUACAAAAACUCCAUAGCAAAACAAACAAUGAUAAACGUCCAAAAAUGUAAUCAAAAUAAAAACAUAACCCAGUAAGCACAUAACCUUGUUGUGGAGGGAAUAUGAUUCGCUUGAGAGCUAAUUUAGUUUUGAGCAGAACUAUAAAUCAAAUACGAUUACUUUCUGCGACUUCGUUAAAUUAUUCAAACUCAAGUAAUGAUAUUUCCCCCGAAAUCCAGAGUAAAAUUUUGUUUAGCUCGUAUUUGGAAAAUCAGAAACUACGACUGGGCUACAGAAAGAACCGUGCUUUAGAGGAGGCCAUCAGAAAAUACGAGAAAAAAGAAGUAACAAAUCGUGUUAACAUUAAACCGUUCCCUAAGUCCUUAAAGGCAUUCGCAACCCAUCCAGACGAUGUUGAAAUAUUGGCAACAAAUCGUCCGGAAUCUGGGAAGCGUGGGCCUGAAACAAUACAAGUAGAAAAGAACAGGACACAGCAACCAGAAAACUGGUUGACGGACUAUGAGUUUUACGAUAGUGACGAUGAGGGCGAAGGCGCCAGUAAAAGCGGAACUGCAGAUCCAUCCAUACCACCCUCGGAUGUCCCAUGUAGCGGUUGUGGUGCUGUUUUGCACUGUGCAGAUACUGGCCUUCCUGGUUAUAUUCCUAGCGAAAUAUUUCGUGGGCGGACGAACACAGAAUUGAAGACAAUUAUUUGCCAACGCUGCCACUUCUUGAAACACUAUAACAUUGCACUGGACGUUGCUGUCCCACCCGAAGAAUACAUAAAAACCCUUCGCCAAAUACAGACAAAACAUGCCCUAGCGAUUUUGAUAGUUGAUCUUUUGGAUUUUCCUUGCUCAAUAUGGCCUGGUAUCCAAGACAUUCUUGGUUCAAAGCGACCAGUUUUCGUUGUAGGAAAUAAAGUGGAUAUGCUUCCACGAGAUUCGCCCGGUUAUUUGAAAAGAAUUAAAGAUUGCCUUAUCAAAGCGGUGACAUCAGCAGGUAUCGACAGCAUGAAUAUAAAGCACGUUGCAUUAAUCUCCGCCAAGACUGGUUUUGGCGUGGAGGAACUCAUUACUCACUUACAUUCACAAUGGAAAUAUGAAGGAGAUGUAUAUUUAGUCGGAUGCACAAAUGUAGGGAAGAGCACGUUGUUUAAUACGCUGCUUGGGUCAGAUUAUUGUAAGUCGCAAGCUAUAGAUCUUAUCCAGAAAGCAACAACAUGUCCUUGGCCUGGUACAACUCUUAAAAUGUUAAAAUUCCCAAUCAUGCGCCCGUCAGAUAUCCGCUUGUUUUAUCGCCACAAACGUUUGAUUUCCGAACGAUCUCAUCUCAAGGCCGAGGAGCAAUUGUAUCAAGAACAAAUGCACUCAAGUAGAAAACCAGCAAAGGCUUCACUGAUCGGACAGAUAGGUAGGACUUUUGUAAGUAACGCGGAAACUGCAGAUCCCUUUAGUAUGUCGAAAGGAACUAGUCCCCUUCUUACGCUGAAUGAGAAGGAUAAGGCAUUUGUGAAUACGAAAUGGUGCUACGACACACCCGGAGUUGUUCAUCCAGACCAGAUCCUUGACCUCUUAACAACGGAGGAAAUAAUACAAGUGACACCAAAUCAGGUUAUCCAACCACAACCGUUUCUCAUGAAGCCUGGAAUGUCGGUCUUCCUCUCAGGACUGGGACGAUUGUGUUUUAUAGAGGGACAAUGUGACUUUAUUCGCGUUUACGUUUUUACAUCGUCAAAACUUCCUAUUUUAAUAACUGCAAUCGAAGAUGCCGAUGAACUCUAUAAGGUUUUGCGAGGAAGUGAAUAUUUGCCUGUUCCACAAACAGAUGCAGUUAGAAAGCGAACAUGGCCUGGCCUGGAGUUUUCGGACCCGAUUACGAUUACAGGCGAAGUUGAUGGUGGAUUGACUUGUGAUGUCGUCCUUUCAUCUGCCGGGUGGAUAGCGAUUGAAUUGCCGAUCGGAAAGACAUGUACGUUCCAAGCUUGGACGCCGCAUAAACGUGGUAUCCAUGUGCGAUAUCCAGCUUUGAUCUCGCACACAAAUCAACUUCGAGGACAACGAAUAAGAGGAUCACUUGCGUAUAAGAAGAAAGUGUGUAAAUUAUAAAUCAAAACAUUUUUUAUUAGAAUUGUAAGGAGUUGUGUAAAUAGUAAACUAGUUGAUGGACCAAACAAGCUGUUUUAUAUCGGAUCAAUGUUUAUUUCUUUGCGCCAACCAUGUUAAAGAGCUUAUCCUUCGCAAUCUGAGCCAUCAAACCGUGAAUCAAUUCAAUGGAAGCACGA